AUGUGGAAAAACAACGCAGAAGACAAUUACGGCAGAAGAGAAAGAGGCAGAGAUAGAGACUCUUAUAGAAGCAGAAGAGAAGAUGACAAGUCUUAUAAUAAUCCUCAUGGUAGGCGUGACGAUAGGGACAGAUAUGACCGCAGAGAUGAUAGGAGAGAUGACAGGAGAGAUGAUAGAAGAGAUGACUAUGACAGACAGAGAGUCAGAAGAUCCAGAUUUAGUAGCAAGCCUGCGGAGGGAGAUCAAGGAAUACCAACAGAUGGAGAUGAUAGAAGAAGGAAGAGAAGUAAAUGGGCAGAUGCAGCUGAUGUCAACCAAGAAAAGGAAUCUGCUGGUGGAACUCUCCAAGAUAGAAUUAGAAACGCUAAUCCUGCGCUGAGUUUCAACUCAGCCAUCGGGUCAGCAAGCAUGGACUGCUCACAGAUCAGGAAGAAGCUUUAUCUCCCUCAAGACGGAGUAAACUAUAUUGGGCUCCUUAUUGGGCCAAAAGGAAUGUUUCAGAAGAAACUUGAAGGUGAAUCUGGAUGUAAAAUUCUUAUUAGAGGCAAAGGAUCUCAAAAAGAGGGGCAACCUCCCCAACCCGAUGAAAAUGAUGAACAGCACGUCUUAAUUAUGGGAGACACUGAAGAUUCCGUUGCUAGAGCAGAGGCAGCUUGACAGAAAAUUAUUAUGGCAGAUGAAGAGACAAGAAAUAUGAUCAGGAAAGAGCAGCUUAAAGUUGCUGCUGAAUUAAACAACAAUACCUUUACUACUUCUACAGAUAAUAAAGUUGUUGACGAAUCUAUGCUUACUCCUUAUGGUCCUCCUAGUCCUUACGCUUAUAUAGUUCCAGUGCCUAAUGACUGUAUAGGAUUAAUUAUUGGCAAAAAGGGAGAAACAAUUAAAAGACUUCAAGCUGACAGUGGAGCUAAAAUCCAAGUCGCUAAGAAAGAAGUCGCUGAAACUAAUCAAAGAUAUGUUUUUGUAGAAGGCACAGAUGAAAAGUAUAACCUAGCCAAGAGAUUAAUUGAUGAAGUUGUAGAGGAAUGGAGAAGAAUUCAUCAGAGAAAUGACAGCCAAGGUGGUUUUGGGGAUCCUAAUCUUUAUCCAAUGACUAGUAAUUUAGUUGGUCCUGUCCAAGAUGAUGGUAUUCUUGAUCGUAACAUCAAUAACAUUAACCAUAACACUUAUAAUCAAAUAUAUCCAGCUAAUGGAGUAGAAAACACCACAGAUCCUUCGUUCCAAGCUGCUUUAAGCUAUCAACCAUAUCCAGGCUUCAGACAUCCUGGGGAUGGUAACCCAGAACCAACCUCUUCAGCUCAAGCCCAAGAAGCUUACGGGCCUUAUGCUGAUCCAGCUUUGAACCCAAUGGGAUACUCAGGAUACCACUCAGGACAUCACCAUCCUAGCCAUUAUCCAGAAAAUCAGCCUCAUCCAUCAAGACCAUCUCAUUCAGGAAAGCCAUCAGACCAAAAGAGCCAGGAAGAAAGUUCUAAAGCUCCUGAAGAGACUUCAGGAGCUGGUUCUAACCCAGCUAACCCUCAUAGCACAGGUGGGGAUGGCAAGGAUCCCCAGGCUCAUCAGUAUGCUGAGCAUUACUCCAAAACACUAGGAGGAGAUUACAAGUACUACUAUGAUUACUACAUGUCAACUUAUUCUGGACAGAAGAAUGCCCAUUCCAACAGUGAUAAGAAGUAA